AUGGAAACGCGUACCCAAGAACUUAAUCCUAGUUUUAGUCGUCGAUCCAGGACGGAACUGACGGGAAACCGAACGCGACAUUUAAUCACGUUCAAUCCGAAUUCGGCGAAACCCGGUGAAGAAAUCUACGUGAAUAUUCCCAAACUCAAACCGGAUUCUGUUUUGGUUCCAGAUAGUAUGGCAUUAAUUUUCGACUUUAAAAAUGCCAAUGAAAAAUCAUGGUUUCGAAAUAACUUGGGAAAAUUAUUACAAAAAAGAUUAGAGAUUCGUCUCGCCGGUGAAAAAGUUUACGAUAACAGCGGUGAAAGUUUACUGGAAAUUUACAAAGACUUGUGGAUGGAUGAAAAACAACGCGCGGAUAUGAUCCAAGAUGGAAUUACGACCGAAGCCGUCCGUAAGAAAAUUUCCAAGGACGACGAGGCGAAUGCCGAUGCCGAUGCCACUGCAUUAUUUGGAAUUUUCGGAAUGAAGCAACUGUUGAAAAUUACGAAGAUUUUAGGCGAUCACGGAUUGUAUGCUCCGUAUCAUUCGGCCAACGAUCUUCAAUACGUGAUCACGUUACCACAAGCUUCCGAAAUCAUGAAUGCACAAAGUGGUGAAACCGUCGAAGAAUAUUCCCUGAAAAAUUUAGAACUGGAAUACGAAUCCAUCGAGAACGUCAACCUCGCACGGAAAUCCGAAAAUCUCUACGGAGCCGAACGCGAAUUAUCUUUCGAACAUGCCACGUUGAUGAAAAAGACCGAAUGGGAUAAAAGUUUAACGAUCGUCAACGAAACCAUCAAUCUUCCGCGACGAAGUAUGAAAGCCGUUGUCAUGCUUUUCACGGAAAAAAACCGACCGAUAGCGAAGAAUACGUCUUCCCGAAUAUCGAUAAAGUCAAAGUGA